AUGGCCACAUCUCAAUUGAGGGCAAUUGGUGUCCUGGCGCGCAGCGCGCGACUCCCCCAGCGCGCCUUCACCACCUCUGCUCGGCAACUCGAGGCCGCCGUUUCCGCGAAGACCACCGAGACGUCCCCCGCCCCCGUCGACGAGUCCAAGCCUGUCGAGAUCAGCCAGGCUCCCAACCGUGUUGGCGUCUGGUCCCGCAGCCAGCGCCCUCGCGCCCAGGCCAUGACUGGUCCCCGAUUCGAGCAGACCGACUUCUCUGUCCAGCCUCAACCCAAGUCUGCGAUUGAGUUGAUUCACCAGCAGCCCGUCCGAUGGACUCACGAUCGAAUGGUCGCCUGUGAUGGCGGCGGCGGCCCCAACGGCCACCCUAAGAUCUUCAUCAACACCGACAAGCCCGAGAUUUCCACUUGCAACUACUGUGGCCUGCCCUAUGCCAACGAGCACCACCGCGAGCACCUCGAAUCCCUCCCCGCGACCUCCUACCCCCUGUCAUGA